GUUAAACCUGUAAAUUACUGAUAAACAUUCUAGAAGUUUCAGGCUAACCAUAAUGUUGUACUGUCCGCCCAACGUUACGCUGAGCCUGAUUUGGAGCAAUCAUGGGAUAUCGCACUGCUUUAUGGAUACAGUAGGGCCAGCUGUUUUUGGCAGCUUUUUGCUACUGUUUGGGUCCUUGGAGUUGGUGAUGUAUCGCAAAUAUGCCACACGUAUUGAUCCUAGGCAAAUCUCAAAAUCACGCGUCUUUAGCGUCCAGCUGUUUUUACUAUGUUUUAUACCUAUCCUUGCAUUAGUGCGUUUUCUGCUCAAUGUUCGAAUCUAUCCGGACAGUGCUGUGUAUGGUUAUAUGAUAUUUUACACCUGCGCUGUGUGCUUUUCGUAUCCUUUCUCAAUCUGCCUUAUACUCAAGGAGCGUGACUAUCAGCUACCAUCGCUACCAACGCGUGGUCACGGUUUGAUUUUAUUGCUAUUCUGGACACUUACAUUGAUAAAUGAAGCGUUAGCAAUCAUCAACUUACGACACGAAGAUUGGUGGUUCGACCUAAAAAACAACAAGCAUCAAAUUGAGAUGGGGCUUUUUGUAAUGCGCUGUCUAAGCUCCUUGUUCAUUUUUGUGCUGGGCCUGAAGGCACCCGGUGUUACGGAUCUCUUCAAUCCACACCAGCCUCUUGAAAAUGACUCAAUCAGGGAUUCAGUGCCCAAUGUCCAGACGGGGUCCGCUUUUCGCAACGCUUGGCGUAAAAUGCGAACACUAUUCCCAUAUUUGUGGCCCAAAAAGAAUAUUAUGUUGCAAUUGGCUGUGAUUGCAUGCAUAUUUCUUCUUGUCGCUGGUCGCGUUAUUAAACUAUUUUUGCCAAUUUAUCGGAAACUCUUGGUUGACAGCCUAACAAUUGAUCCAAUUGAAUUUCGAUGGGAUUUUGUCCUCAUUUAUGUGGCGCUAUCGUUUCUACAAGGAGGGGGCACCGGUAGUAUGGGUAUUUUAAACAAUAUGCGCACAUUCUUUUGGAUAAGGGUGCAGCAGUAUACAACCCGUGAAAUCGAGAUUGACCUUUUUCGGCAUCUUCAUCAAUUAUCUUUGCGCUGGCAUUUGCAACGAAAGACGGGAGAGGUGCUACGUAUCAUGGAUCGAGGCACCGACUCAAUUAAUAAUCUACUUAACUAUAUUGUAUUUUCUAUAACACCAACCAUAUUGGAUCUGAUUGUGGCCGUCAUAUACUUUAUAUAUGCCUUCGACUGGUGGUUCGGUAUUAUUGUGUUCCUGACGAUGAUUAUGUAUAUAGCUUCCACCAUUGUCAUCACUGAAUGGCGCACGCAAUAUCAAAGACGCAUGAAUUUGGCGGAUAACGAGCAACGCGCUCGUAGUGUUGACUCUCUACUUAACUUCGAAACGGUCAAGUACUAUGGAGCCGAGCACUAUGAAGUAGACUGUUACAGGGCGGCUAUACUCAAGUAUCAAAAAGAGGAGUUCCUUUCUAUGCUAACUCUAAACAUUUUAAACACCGCUCAGAAUAUCAUUCUAUGUUUGGGUCUACUUGCAGGCUCGCUGCUCUGCGUUUAUUUGGUAGCACAUCAGCAGACUUUAACUGUGGGUGAUUUUGUGCUUUUCUCGACUUAUCUAAUGGAUUUGUAUAUGCCGCUCAAUUGGUUCGGUACCUACUACCGGGCGAUUCAAAAAAAUUUUGUAGAUAUGGAGAAUAUGUUUGAUCUGCUACGCGAGAAUGAAGAGAUUGUAGAUGCUCCAGGAUGUGCACAGUUACUUACUGCUGGCGGUAGUAUUGACUUCUCUAAUGUUACCUUCGGCUAUACGCCAGAGAAACUGGUGCUUCGGAAUGUCAGCUUUUCAGUGCCCGCCGGCAAGACAUUGGCAAUUGUAGGACCAUCUGGAGCUGGCAAGAGUACCAUUAUGCGUUUGCUCUUCCGCUUCUACGAUGUGCAGACUGGUUCCAUUUCUAUCGAUGGCCAAAAUAUUAAACUGGUGCAACAACAAAGUCUCCGAAAGGCUAUUGGUGUUGUGCCUCAAGAUACAGUACUGUUUAACAAUACAAUAUUUUACAAUAUUGAAUAUGCCAAAAUAGGAUCAACUCCAGAUGCAGUCUAUGAUGCCGCACGUGCUGCAGAUAUCCAUGAGAGAAUACUCACAUUUCCUGAUCGAUAUGAAACAAAAGUGGGCGAAAGAGGCCUGCGUCUGAGUGGAGGUGAGAAGCAGCGUGUAGCUAUUGCUCGUGCACUGUUAAAGUCCCCAAUUAUUGUCCUUCUGGACGAGGCAACAUCGGCACUGGACACCCAUACGGAGCGCAACAUUCAAUCAGCUUUAUCGCGAGUCUGUGCAAAUCGCACCACAAUUAUUGUAGCUCAUCGCCUCUCGACCAUUAUACAUGCAGACGAGAUUCUAGUACUUAAUGAGGGUAGCAUUAUGGAGCGUGGCAGGCACGAGGAGCUGCUGCAACGAAACGGUGGCGUUUAUGCAGAUAUGUGGCAGCAACAGCUCAAAAACCUAGAUGCCGAACAAAGUCUUUUAGAAGACAGAGGAUCUAAAAGUGCAACAGCGUCACAUAAUGGUUAAAUGCGCUGGACGUUCUGGUUGUCGGCAAUGAAUAAUAAUAAUGAAUUAGUAGUAAUCUUAUUGUUGAUAAUGCGUCGUUGUUUUUAUCGACACUAUUGUAAAAUAAUAAAUACAUGCAUAUAAGCAUGUUUUCUUACAAA